GAUUUCUGUCUCGGCUAAUCUUCCUCAGUAACUUGCUCUUGUACUCUACAUUUGACUUUCCCGUAUGCCCAAAUAAUCUGUGCUGGUGUUCGGACUAUAUCCCGACUACACGAAAAUCGUCGCUAUGUUCCAAUCGCCAUCACUCGUUGGUUCGGUCCUCGAACGAAAACCGUCAUCUGCGCCCCGCGCGCCCGCCGCCGCUGAUGGAGACGCCGGUCAAGCCAAAAGUGGCUUCCCGUCGGUCCAACACCGGUCGAAAAGCGCCUUUGCGCGCGCACGAGAGGAGCAAGCCCGUCGACAAGCUUCAUCUACAACCCCUUCGAUCUCUCGCCAGGUCCCCAUCAUCAAACCAAGCCACACGCUCUCGCAGCCGGUCAAGCCUGCAGGACUCGUAUCCGAACCGACCAAACUUGCGAGCGACAAAGAUGGAAAUGGAGACGAUGUGGAAGGCAAGGAGGAGCGCAACUGGCGAGACCAAAUCAGUGAGGAGAACGAGCGCCGGGUACUGAAGAUGUCGACAGAAGAGCGCGCGGCGGAGGUAGAGGACAUUCUGCAACGCUUUGGCGCGAACAUUGGCGAUAUCCUUCUCCGAGCGCGGGCGCGGCGGCAGGCAGCUCAGGAUCAAGAACAAGGACAAACCGAAAAGCCAUCCGCCGCGCCAGCAACUGUUGUCGAAUCUGCUCCAACGCAAGAACAAGACAAAUCCGACCCUUCCCCCUCCAGCAGACCGACGACCCCUCCGCCGCACUCCACGGCACCCUUAUCCCCACUCCCUAAGUCGCCCACGCGCUCCGCCCUCUCCCGUCGAGGAAGCGGCAGCUUCACCCGCCCUCCGAGCCGCGCGGACCGCAAGCUGCGGUUCGCCGACCUUCAGCCCGGCGACGUGCACGUAUACGACUCCGCGCCGCCCUCGCCUCGCAAACGCGCACUGGCGUUGCCCCCGCCGAGUGCGGACGACGCCGACGCCGUCUCCCUUGGCACAUGGAAGGGGCGCGCCUUACCCGCCUCCGCCCAGGAUCCCACACCCUCCGGACCGCAAGGCGACGCGCAGGAAGGCACGCCCGAGGACAUUCGCCGGCGAUUCUUCCCCUCCGCCCCCGCGCACGAUCCCUCACUCGAAUGGAUCACCUCCACCUCCACCCUCCCUUCAACGGAAGCCGCAGACUCUACAGCGGCUGGACCGCGAUUCGAUCUGCGCGGCGCGCCAAUCGCACCCGCCCUCACCGCUACUCUUCCGACUCAUCUCGGCCUGCAUCACCACGCUGAGGGCGCCCACGCCGGCUAUACCCUUGCUGACGCACUACUGCUCACCCGCUCGACGGUCGGGGCGCAGCGUGGUGCGAUGCUGUCCCUCCUGACGGGCGUCGUCGGUCGUCUCGGGCGCAUGCGGCGACGUCGGGAACACAGGAAGGAGGCGGGAACAGAGAAGGAUGACGAUGAGAUCGGUCUCAUGAGUGCACUGGACGGAAAGGAAGAAGCGCUUCGUGGACAGAUAUUGUCGGCCGCGACGGACGCGCUCGAUGCCCGCGGUGGGCUCGGCGCGCGGGCAGUAGAGCUCAUGUGGGCAUGCAUCGUCGACUGGGAGCCUCGUCAUGCAAACGUUGAGGGAAUAGAGCUCCAACGACCCUCGCCUCCUUCGGAUCCCGCCGCGUCUCCCUCAGACGAGGCUGACUCGAAGACAUCGGACAUACUCGCGUCGCUCCCGAUCGACCGCAUUUUCCCUCGAUUUGCGGAUGCGCUUGGCGCCGGUGAGCUUCCCCGCACAUCGCUCCACCAAAUUCUUGCCGUCCUGCACCGUCUCGCGCAGCACUCGAACGAGAUGGCGUCCGCUAUUGUGAGCACGCCAAACCUCGUACCAAACCUCAUGCGUGUCUUCCUACUCGCCGACUCCCUCUCAUCAUCGUCAAGUUCACCAUCCUCAGAAUCCGCCCAAGACGCCCCAGAUCCCGCCGCUCUGCGUCUCCUCACUAUCCUCGCAUCCUCCAGCCGCCAAAACGCGAACGCGCUCGUUGAGCCCGCCGACGCGCUCCUCCGCUUCCUCGCCGUACUCCCACCUGCCUCCCCUCACGGUCCUUCCCUUGCCACCUCCUUGGCAGCAGGCACCCUCCGCUUUUACACCGCGCUCGCAUCCUACGGAUUGUACGCCAGCGUCACUGCGACCGCAGCAGAGCCGCUCGCUCGCCUAGGGCAGCACGUACUCUUCCUCGCCGGACAUCCUAGCAUGGGCGACGCGCAGCUUGUCGCCGCAUAUGCACGUGCGCUUGAGGUGUGGAUGGUGUGUGCUCGCGACCCGCACCGAACAACGCCCGCGCACGACCUCCGAUGGUCGCAGGUGGUAGGAUGGGGCUGGGGGGCGGAUCUCCUCGAGCUGAACACCGCGCUGUCCGCAUCCGCAUCACCCAUCGGAGAGGAUACAUGGAGCUCUGUGUGGAACGCGCUCGCGGCGUGGCUUGAGGGCGCGCGAGUGAACGCGGUGAAGGCGGGAGAGACGGAGCGAACGGAGGCGGCAGCGGCCCUGCGGAUUGGUUUUGAGGCGGGCCCAGAGACUAUCGUGGUGAAUAAGGCGCUAGAGCAUAUUGAUCACCUGUUGCAUUCCGCCCAGGACGCGCGCGCAUGGACGGACGCGGCGGAUGAGAUCUCAAGACACGCCGCCACGCUCGCCGCCGCAGCUCGGUUAUGGUUGGUCUGUCUUCCCGCCCGCCGCGACGAUGGUCCUCGACCUUCCGCACCGCCGUUUGCGCUACCAUUCAACAGUCUAUCGAGUCUAUGCGCUAGGGUUGUUGUGCACCCGAUUUGGGCGCGAAUCCACGACCUGGACGAUGACCAUCCAUCCCUUCUCCCGCUCCUGCGGCCGCUAUCGGCCCUCCUGAGCAUGUACCUCCGCGUGUCGCGAUGGCUGCCCACCUCCACAUCGGACGUCUGGUUUGCACAGGCGCUGGCGAUCGCCGCUCGCCAAUUACCAGGCGAUGAAGCCGCAGCGGAGGGUAUCAUCGCGGACUUGACUGCCCUCGUCACCGAAGAUCUCGCCCGCGCGCAGGGCUGGGCUGCACCGCCCGCCGUCUGGGCACCGCGUGGCGUAGUGGCGAUCGCGCCGCUGCUCGUAGCCGCAGCGCGCAGGUGGCCCACUGAUGAACUGUACAUUUCCCCACUAGCGCCGACACCGGAGUCGAUUGGGCUCGCCACUACGCUGCGCCUCCCUCGAUCGGUACAUCGGCGCGUCGCAGGCUCGACUUCGACGCCUGUCGUCGGCCUUCCACUCCCUCGCGACUGGUUGUUCCACCCACUUGACCACCUCCUCCGUUCUGGUACCUCCGACGUCAUGCGCUCCCUUCCUGGCACAUGGGACACGUCCGAGGUCGAAGUCGUCCGCGCGGUGCUCGUGCUCACCAACGCGGCGCGCGCUGUGUUGCUCAAGCAUUCGUUGCCGCAGUUUGCGCCGAGCCGGGACGAGGUCGUGUUCGGGUGCAUGAAGGUGUUCAUGCUCGAGCAUGGGCAACAAGCACAGGAUGCAGACGGAGAGGUGUACCGGGACCCGGCCGUGGGCCAACUCAUGACGGACGUGCUCGCGUCGCACUCGCUCUCCGCCGCCUCCGGUUCUAACGCCCUAGCUGGUGAGGACGAUGCGCUGGAGGCUGUCGCGGCUCGCUUCCUGGGCCCGGCCGUGCCGUUCUUCCAGUUUUACACCGAUUUUGUCGCGCUCUACGACGCCGUCUCCUUCGGCCAUCCGCUCUUCGCGCGCCUGCUCCUUCCGCCCUUGUCCACGCGCUACGCGGUCGACUAUCGCCGGCUCCUAUGGGCCGACUAUGCACACGCGUUGCGGACCGUACGCACGCUACCGGGUGAUGUUCCGACAGGGAACAUCCGCGAGUUCCUCUACCCCGUUGAGCGCGACCCGCAGGUGCUCGCGGCGUACCUUCGUGCGCUUCUCGGCGGGCGACUGAUGGAGGACGGAUUUUUGCGCCUCAUUGCGGUACAUCACGUAUCGGCCAGCGUGUGGCCCGACUUGCGCGGGGAAGAGGCGGAGGGAGGUGGGGACGAGCGCGCGGAGAAGCUGCUUCGCGCGGUGCUGGGCCAGGCGGACCAUGCGACGGUGCGAGAGGUCGUGCGCUACACACAAAGGCGGGCGGGCGAGGGCGCGGCUCUCCUCCCCCCGGACUGCCUUGGAGAGCUGGGAGACGAGAUGGCCCGCGCGAGGUUGCAGUUCGUGAAACGGGUGGCUGGAGAGGAGAUGAUGGGGCGCGUGGCGCCAUUGUUGGAGGGAUAGAUGACAUACAGUACCGCAUAGAUCCU